AUGAAUGGGCAGGCGGUCGAGUCGGCGGUGCUUGUUGUUUUUCGCUCUGUAGAGUGAGCUGAGGAGUCAGUGAGGCUUGUUUUCAGGCCUCGCUGGUUUACCCAACCCUCAAAAAACCGGACAGGACCCUUUACAGGCUCGUAAUCGGAAGCGUCGGCUUGUUGUCUUGACAUGAAAAUGAAGUUCGCCGCCUGUUCUCGUUCUCUGCCCCAUGGAUGUCGUUUCCGCUUUUCGCUUUCACACAGCAGCAGCAGCCAAGCGGAUGCGCCUCUUCCCUUUGAUGCGGUCCCAUUUUAUGGAUUCUGAUAUGGACUAUGAGAGGCCAAAUGUCGAGACCAUCAAGUGUGUGGUUGUCGGGGACAAUGCAGUGGGAAAAACCCGGCUCAUCUGUGCCCGGGCUUGCAAUGCCACCCUGACCCAGUACCAGCUGCUCGCCACACAUGUUCCCACUGUCUGGGCUAUAGACCAAUAUAGAGUGUGCCAGGAGGUUCUAGAGCGAUCUAGGGAUGUGGUGGAUGAUGUCAGCGUGUCCUUGCGACUCUGGGACACGUUCGGGGAUCAUCACAAGGACCGUCGUUUUGCUUACGGACGGUCUGAUGUGGUGGUGCUGUGUUUCUCGAUCGCUAACCCAAACUCGCUGCACCAUGUGAGGACUAUGUGGUACCCUGAAAUCAAACACUUCUGCCCCAGAGCUCCAGUCAUCCUUGUGGGCUGCCAGCUGGACCUGAGAUACGCCGACCUCGAGGCGGUGAACAGAGCGCGGCGCCCACUGGCGAGGCCCAUAAAAUCCAACGAGAUCUUGCCACCAGAAAAGGGCCGCGAAGUAGCGAAAGAGCUCGGUGUCCCAUAUUACGAGACCAGCGUAGUCGCCCAGUUUGGUAUCAAGGAUGUAUUCGACAACGCUAUCCGCGCCGCCCUGAUAUCGCGUCGUCACCUACAGUUCUGGAAGUCACACUUGCGUAACGUCCAGCGGCCUCUCCUCCAAGCACCAUUCCUUCCCCCCAAACCUCCUCCACCCAUCAUCACGGUGCCACCUCCCCCCAGCAGCAUGGAAGAGCAUCCAGGGCGUCUGCUGGAGGACCCGCUGUGCGCCGACGUCGUCCUCGUGCUCCAGGAGAGCCAAAGAAUAUUUGCUCACCGUGUCUACCUCGCCACGGCCUCAUCCAAAUUUUACGACCUUUUCUUGGUCGACCAUCGGACUCCUGAGGACAAAAAAGAGAAAGAGCGCACUCGGAUGCCUCUUUCCGGCCGCGAGCUGCUGAUGCGAGCAGCCAGCUUUGAUGUUUGUGAGAGCAGCGACGAAAGGGAACGAGCGAACCUACGCGCCUGCACCAGCGACGGGACGCUUCGAGGCGAAGGAGGUCGUCUGCUCCCUGCAUUCAGCCGAGCCUUUGUCAGCGUGCGCGAGGAACUGGUGGACGAUCCCUUGACCUUUAACUCCAGGCCCAUGACAGUGGUGCACAUGGACCCGUCCAUGCAGCUGGGGCCGUUCCGUGCUGUUUUGCGCUAUCUCUACACAGGAAAGCUGGAUGAGCAUGAGAAGGAACUGAUGCAGGUGGCUCAUAUCGCCGAGCUGCUAGAGGUUUUCGAUCUCCGCAUGAUGGUGGCCAACAUCCUGAACGAUGAAGCUUUCAUGAACCAGGAGAUCACCAAGGCCUUUCAUGUGAGGCGCACCAACAGGAUCAAGGAGUGCCUAGCUAAAGGGACCUUCUCUGAUGUAGUGUUCAAGCUGGAUGAUGGUACAAUAAUGGCCCAUAAGCCUUUACUCAUCUCAAGCUGCGACUGGAUGGCAGCCAUGUUUGGAGGACCAUUCGUGGAGAGCUGUACUAAAGAGGUGUUGUUUCCAAACACAACACGUAGCUGCAUGCGUGCGGUGCUGGAGUAUCUCUACACUGGCCGCUUCUGUUCUCGCCCAGACCUGGACGCCAUGGAGCUCAUUGUUCUUGCAAACCGUCUCUGUCUGCCUCACCUGGUUGCACUGACAGAGCUCUACACUGUGACCAUGCUAAUGGAGGCUGCUAUGAUGGGAGCUGAUAUCGAUGGAGAAGUACUGGUUUAUCUGGAAAUGGCUCAGUUCCAUGGUGCCCACCAGUUAGCUGGAUGGUGCCUCCACCACAUCUGUACUAAUUACAACAGCGUCUGCCGCAAGUUCCCUCGUGACAUGAAGGCAAAGUCCCCAGAGAACCAAGAAUACUUUGAGAAGCAUCGCUGGCCUCCGGUGUGGUACCUCAAGGAAGACGAUCAUUACCAGCGAGCACGCAAAGAGCGUGAGAAAGAGGACUACCUGUACCAGAAACGCCAGUGUAAGCGCAAGUGGCUCUUCUGGAAUCUUCCAUCGUCACCCUCUUCCAACUCUCCGUCUUCUCCUGGGUCCUCCGCUAUCAUGUGAUUCAUCGAGGUUGAAGGCUGUACUGAACUGGUGGAAAUGCACACAUCAGCAGUGACAACCAUUUUGCCAAAAACAUACAGGUGACAUCUUCUAACUACAGGAGCAGGAAUCAAUACAUGGGGAAAAAAAAUACAGGAAGGUGAGCCAGAGCCUACAGGACUGUUUUUGUUUUUCGUGAAACUUUGAUCCCUUGGCUGUUCACACACACUCGGAUAAGACCCAGCAGAUAAAAAAAGUGCUCAGUGUGACAACCAUGUUAACAUGCAUCAAAUUACUUUUCUGCUACGAAAUCACUUGAAAACAACCCAGCAAAAUGGCAGACCUUGCUUUUAGAGCAGGAUUUAAGAAUUUUUUUUGUCUUUCUACCAAUAAUUCACCAGUACCAUGGUGAUUUGCUGCAUGGACGAACAUGCAAAUUGUUACAUUAGCCUUUCCCAGUGGCACAACGGAGUUGUCUGGCAUCAAAUGAUGUAUUGAUUCAUCCUGCUCUUGCGGAAUGUUAAUCGUGUCCGAAUGGCCCCUGACUGUCACUUUGACGGCGCAUUGUUUCUCAUUUUCACUUUUUUUUUUUUUAUGACGAUCAUUCAGAAAAGGGCUGUCAUUUUUUUCUUCGCCAUAUUUGGACCCUCUCUCAUUUUGUUGCUCGCAGAAUUGGAGGUUGAAGGCGAUACCAGCCUUGCACACAACCCAUUCUUCAACAUUAUUCAGAAUGAUCGGCUGAUUGAAAAAAAAGAAAAAAAAUAUAUAUAUAUAUAAUCUCACCAUUGUUUGUAAUUACAAAAACCUAAGACCUCAAAGAUCUGAACUCCAAGAAUAACUCCAAGUCAGACUUAAUGGAGUCUCAACACCAAGUGUGGGCACUUAUUAGAGUCUUAACCAAGGUAAACUCAUGAAAGCUUUAUUUUAAGAAUGCUGACCCUUCUUCUUGAGAGCUAUCCUUCUGCAAAAGUUUAGACCCUGCCUACGAUAUCGCAUCAAAAGGGGUGUUCACACGGCAACUUUUACUCCGGUGUAGCACCGGGGCUGCCCCGGUAGAGCGUUCACACGGUACAAAGUUAUACCGGUGUCGUCCCUGAAAGCUGCUUAAACCGGUGCAAAUCUAACCCUGCUCGGGAGGUGGUUUAAGAAAUUUACUCCGGAAUAAAUGCUAGUUUGCGGGGCAGCACCGAUAUAAAAUGGGACGUCUGAACGCUACAGGGGUAGACUCGCUACGCGUGAGGAGAGUUGAUUACAUACGGGCAUUGCAUAAUUUGCAUCCUGGUAUUUUGUGCUUCCAAAAUGGCGAAUAUCAACAACAACAGAACUGCGUGUCUUCCAGUGUUGCCAGAUUGGGCGGUUUUAAGUGCAUUUUGGCGGAUUUGAACAUAUUUUGGGCUGGAAAACGUCAGCAGUAUCUGGCAACACUGGUGUCUUCAUCCACGUUGUUUUCCCGGCGCUUGGUGAUGCCAUGACAACCGGGAAAAGGAAGUACAUUUUCACGCAUGCGCAUAUUUCAUUUCUGCAUUAUUACUAUCGUAUAGCACGGUCGCAAAAACUGCCGUGUGAACGCCAGUGGGGCUGCACCGGUGCUAACACGCUUCUCUCUAGUAAGCAGGUUUGUGACGUGUGAACGCUCCACAAAAUUUACACCGGUGUAAGAUAUAUCGCAACAAAAUACAUCGGUGCAGCUUCGAUGCAAAUAUGUGCCGUGUGAACACCCCUAAAAUCUAAUAUUUUGCUACUCGUCAGAACCACAACAUCGAUGCAGUGUUCGAUUAUUAUAUGAACUAAACUCUGCAAGGGGGCAGAUCUCCAUGAAUUGAGGGAUCAGUCUUGCUUUAUUUUGUGAACUCACUGCACGUCACACACUCUCAGAAUGAUAAUAUAUGAUAUUUACACAAUAGGCUCAUGGGCAGGCCCAUGACUAGGCCAUUUUUAUUCGAAUGUAUUUGCAAACAGUAUUACUGUCUGUCGUAGAGAGCACAUAAUGAUUAUAUUGUAGUCAUUUCAAGUACUAAUUACGUUUUAGAGCUCUGAAGUAACAAUAGAAUGUAGAAUAUAACGCAAGCAAAAAUCUGAAAACACAUUAUCCUUGUAUGAGUGUAUGCACUAAACACUGAGAAGAAAACCAGUUUACGGAAUGUGAAAUGCCACUAAGUUACACCAGGCUUUUAAAUAGGAUGCUGUUUACAUUGCUUCACUUGAACCUGUAAAAGAUGAAGAUACUGUAAGCAUGAUGCGUGUUAAGUAGUUUCGAAUAGAACCAUUCGGGUUUUAAUUCUCAACAACUGAUCUGCUUAUGAUGCUGAUUUAUCUGCAUGGCUAGUCGUUAAAAGAGAAAGAAUGGAUGAUCUAAUUUUUAGUUAUUUAUUACAUUACUUUUUUCUGUUAUUCCUAAUAAUCAUAGAAAUUGUCUAUGUCAAAGUGGGGCAAGGAAUGCUAUAUCGUUACAGUGUCUUGCAAAAGUAUUCAUCCCCCUUGGUGUUUGUCCUGUUUUGUCGCAUUACGAGCUGGAAUUAAACGGGUCAGCCAAGAUCAGAUGGACCUUAUAGGUUCCAAAAUAACAAAAAACCCAAGGUUACCCAAAAUGGUCAAAACUGUGAUAUUAUGGGCUUGAACAUAUUGGGGUCCCAUACCUAAAAUUUCAUGUAGCAUUCUCUUUCCGUUUUGAAAAUAUACCUCAUUUUAUACAUGCCCCAUUCUGCUAGGUUGUUGACGUUAGGCAGCUGGGCCAUAGAAGGUUCACGCUGCAUGCUGCACGCUACACGCUACACGCGUGUAAAGAAAAGUGGACAAACGUAGCAUGACUUGCUCUGGGCCAUAGAACGGCGUUCACGUUGCACGCUGCACACUUCACGCGUGAAGCGAGAAAUGAACAUGCACACUUUUUUCUAGGCGUGAAGAUGGAAAUUCCAGUCAAUGCAUGCGGUCACCGCCGCGCCAGCCAAUCAGAACGGGUCUAGGGAGAUAACUCUAUGCUUUCAGGGGAAAACUUCAGAAAAAAUAUAAUUGAAUGGUAUAAUUGAAAAAUAGUUCUUCAUCGGGAUUGUCAAGCAGAUUAUAGAAUGUUCGGUGAAAUUCACCACGGGUUUCUCUCAGAAGGAAGUGUUCUCGGCUCCAAAUUCUGUUCCUUUUUCUCUUCCUCUGUCUCAGUAAAAGCAGAAUGAGGCAAUCGUCGUCAUCCGAAGAGUCCAUAUUGUUGGUUACUCGGUCAAAGUAGAACAGACGCAACACGUGAACAUCCAAGCAUGAAGUUUAAUGGCCCAGGGUCCGGUUCUUCACGUGA